UGUCUGUCCUGCUCCCACCCGAGAUAUACAUCUGUCACUGAGUCUCUAAAAAAUUGUGCCAUAGGCAAUCUGGAUGUACCCACCUAUUCGGGGGGCUCUCAUAAACGCCCUGUGAGUGGUUCUCAUAGGAGAGAACCUGGUGUUUCUGGAGCCAAGAUGUUCCGACUGUUGCUCCUGGCUCUCUCCUGCCUGGAAAGCCCCGUGUUCAUGGCCUCUGUAUCUGUCUCCAGAAGCAAGCCAGUGGGCAUUGUGGGGGGUCACCGUACCCCACCAGGGAGGUGGCCAUGGCAGGUCAGCCUAAGAACCUACAGUUACGAGGCAAGCUCCUGGGUGCACAUCUGUGGGGGCUCCAUCAUCCACCCUCGGUGGAUUCUGACUGCUGCUCACUGCAUCCAAAGUCAGGACGCCGACCCAGCUGUAUACCGGGUCCAGGUGGGGGAAGUAUACCUCUAUAAGGAACAGGAACUUCUGAACAUCAGCAGGAUCAUCAUCCACCCUGACUACAACGAUGUUAUUAAGAGGUUUGAUGUGGCCCUGAUGCAGUUAACUGCCCUCCUGGUCACAUCCACACGUGUCAGUCCAGUCUCUCUGCCAAAAGACAGCUCAACCUUCGACUCCACUGACCAGUGUUGGCUGGCUGGCUGGGGCAACCUUCUCCAACAUGUGCCUCUGCAGCCUCCCUAUCAACUGUAUGAGGUGAAGACCCCAAUUCUGGACAACAAGAGCUGUAAGCGGGCUUAUAGGAAGAAAACAUCUGACGAGCGCAAAGCUGUGGCCAUCUUUGAGGACAUGCUUUGUGCUGGCACCUCGGGCCGAGGCCCCUGUUUUGGUGACUCUGGGGGUCCCUUGGUCUGCUGGAAGAGCAACAAGUGGAUACAGGUGGGCGUGGUCAGCAUGGGGACAGAUUGCAGCAACGAUCUGCCAUCAGUCUUCUCAAGAGUCCGGAGCUCCUUAGCCUGGAUCCAUCAGCACAUCCAGUAGACGAGUCUGCCAGCUGCUGCCCAUCAUCAGAGACAGCUUCAUGGUUCCUGUUUUUUCCUUCUUGGACCCUUCCUUGCCUGCCCUGCCUUCUUCCCUGGCCUGUCCUUCCCCGCUGACAAUGAUGUCCAGCAAACCCCAGCGUGGGGUGGGGCUACUGUAUUGGGGUGGGGCUGUAUUUGUCUCAAUAAACUGACAGUAAA